CCGUGGUUGCAGGCCGGGCCCGCCCUCUCGUCCUCUGACAGCGAGGCUUAGGGCGGAGGGAAGCGGGUCCGUUGGUCCGUCAGGCACGAGGCUCCGGCGGCCUGGCCAGCGCGGAGCCGUUGCCAUGGCAGCCGCUGCCGGGGGCGCGGAAGAUGAGCCGCGCUCGGGCCGCUCGAGCUCCGAUGGCGAGUGCGCGGUGGCGCCAGAGCCGCUGACAGGCCCCGAGGGCCUCUUCUCCUUCGCAGACUUCGGGUCUGCGCUGGGCGGCAGCGCGGGCCUCCCGGGCCGGGCGUCCGGCGGGGCCCAGUCCCCGCUGCGCUACCUCCACGUCCUGUGGCAGCAGGACGCGGAGCCCCGCGACGAGCUGCGCUGUAAGAUCCCCGCCGGCCGGCUGAGGCGCGCCGCCAGGCCCCACCGCCGGCUCGGGCCCACGGGAAAGGAGGUGCACGCUCUGAAGAGGCUGAGGGACUCAGCCAAUGCCAACGAUGUGGAAACAGUGCAGCAGCUGCUGGAAGAUGGCGCAGAUCCCUGUGCAGCUGACGACAAGGGCCGCACAGCCCUACACUUUGCCUCCUGCAACGGCAACGACCAGAUUGUGCAGCUGCUUCUGGACCACGGAGCUGACCCCAAUCAGCGAGAUGGGCUGGGGAACACGCCACUGCACCUGGCGGCCUGCACCAACCACGUCCCUGUCAUCACCACGCUGCUGCGAGGAGGAGCCCGGGUAGAUGCCCUGGACCGAGCGGGCCGCACGCCCCUGCACCUGGCUAAGUCGAAGCUCAACAUCCUGCAGGAAGGCCACUCCCAGUGCCUGGAGGCCGUGCGACUGGAGGUGAAGCAGAUCAUCCAGAUGCUGCGGGAGUACCUGGAGCGCCUGGGGCGGCACGAGCAGCGGGGGCGGCUGGACGAGCUCUGCACGCGCCUCCAGAUGACAAGCACCAAAGAGCAGGUGGAUGAAGUGACCGACCUGCUGGCCAGCUUCACCUCCCUCAGCUUGCAGAUGCAGAACAUGGAGAAGAGGUAGCAAGAGAGGCUCCCUGCCCUCCCACUCCACUGCUCCCCCCACGCCCCACUGCUGUCUCAUUACAAAGGAAAAACCCAGUGCCUGGGACUUCGUCUGCCGAGGCCCUUGCCCCCAUUUGCUGCGAGGCAGAAAUGCUCUCUCACCGACCUCAGAGCCACUCCCAGCUGCAGUCUCCAUCAUCUCUGUGGGCCGGGACCGCGGCCCCUAGCUUCUUCCUUCGGCUCCUGCAGCACUGCAGCCACGCCUCAGCUCUGGCCGAUGCACGCUGUGCUAGUAGGCCUCGCUCAUCCCACGGCCUCCCUGGCACCCUCGGCGAGCCCUGACCCUUCUCUGAGUCCCUUCCUGGCUGUGGGCUUGUUGCAGCCGCCAGGCUUGGGCUUAGUGCAGGCACCCUCUGGCCUAGGGGCUUCUUGGCUGGCCCAGCACUUAGAUUUAGACUGGUCACCAGACUUUCAAGGAAACGUGGCAGCAAGUUUCUCUGGUUGGAAGUGGGGAGGUUGGUGAAGCCUAGACCUUAGAAAUACAAGUUUAGGAAGGACUCGACUGAACCCAAAGCAGAUAAUCCCCAGCCCUUUUUCUCCCAAUCAUUGAAACACCAGGAGGGCGUAGCCAUUCUGCAGCCUAGUUGUAGUAGGCGGAGGAGUGGCCCCCAGGAUGGCCAUGUUCUAAUCCCAGGAACCUGUGAACAUGACCUUAUGUGACAAAAGGGACUUUGCAGCUGUAAUUAAGGGUCAUUAGACAAGGCGAUUGUCCUGGAUUAUCCAGGCGGCCUGAUGUCAUCACACGGAUCCUUACUGGAGGGAAGCAGGAGCGCAGAGAGGAAGUAGGAGAUGUGGUGACGGAAGGGAGAAGCUGGAGUAACGCGAGGAUGGGGUCACAAGCCAAGGAAAGCAGACGGCCUCCGGAAGCUAGAGAAGGGAAAGAGGUGGGUUCUCCCUUCAGGACUUCCAGAAGGAACCAGCCUGCUGACAUCUCGACUUUAGCCCAGUGAAACAGAUUUCAGAUUCUGACUGCCAGAACUGUAAGAGAAUAAAUUUGUGUUGUUUUAAGGCAGUGAAUUUGUGGUAAUUUGUUGCAGUAGCAGAGGGAAAGUAAUAUGCUAGUGAAGGCUCAAAAACUCAC